GCUCCCUACGGCCAAUUGAACCCGAUCUCGGCAAGAAGCAAACUUGUCCGUCAAUACCUAUGGCAGGCCAAGGAAUCAAGAAAACAACUCGGAGUCGUGGAGCAUGCCUGGCAUGCAGAGCAAGAAAACACAAGUGUAGCGGGGAGAGACCAAAAUGUGCACAAUGCGGUAUCAACAACGUGUCCUGUCAAUGGCCUGAACAGAGAAAGCGUGGUCCCCCAAAACACUACAUCUUAACCAUGGAGAAACGUUUGAUGGAAACGGAACAAGUUCUUGGCGCACUGCUGGCCCAAGUAUCGAGAGACCAGCUGGUAUCGGCAUUUCGUGAUCUCCGGGGACCUAGCCUUCGAACAACUGGUGGUGCCUCAUCAACCAACGACGGAACAUCACUUGAAGUGGUCAAAGGGCAAAAGUUCGGUCCCGUGUACUGGGGCAACUAUCCUCUCGACUCAGCAGAAGCAGUUCAGCAAUGGUGGGAAGACCGAACGUCAAUAGAUCCAAGCGAUGUGCCCACUAUGGACUCUCAGGUGUCCGAGGUUGCUGCUACAAACGAUUCGCCCACCGACAACACACCAGGUGGCGACGAUAGUUGCGGGGAUGAUGAUAGUGAAGAGACCGAGGGCAUGAGGCGCGCAGAAAGCAUGGAAGAAGACGACACCCUAAUGAUAAACCCGGAUAUGUCUAGAGACUCAGAACAGUACUCUACUAGGAUACGGGGUAUCGGAGGAGGAGCUGCUGGGUCACCAGUAGAAGCGGCAACGAGCUCUGAACUCAGUCUCGAUACAGGAGCGGAUGAAAGGCGGCGGGAAACACAACUGCCAAUUCUAGAAAGCUACGAAAGCGCGUUCCUUUGGUAGUUGAAUUCACAC